AUGGAGAUGGGCGAUGUUAUUUACUCAGUGUACGGCGAGACCCGCCAUGUGCCGUACUAUCAUUGCGCUUCCAAUUUCUCUCCGGACCAAAGUCAUCAUGUGGUUUUGCUUCACGCCGCCCGUUUCACAAAGGAGGACUGGAAGUCGUCUGGAAUUUUUGAGACUCUGUGCAGUAGUCCGCAUGUGUCAGUGUCAGCUAUGGAUCUCUCAAUUAAGGCAGGUCACCGAGAUAUAGCAGGAAUGCUAUCCGCCAUGAAGGAAGAAGCUCAAAUAAAUCUGCCUGUCACGUUGAUAACACCUUCUGCCUCCGGGAUGGGCAUUGUAGAUUGGAUGUCGAACGGUAGACUUCCUGAUUUGCCCAAGUACGUCCAGAAAUGGAUUCCAGUGGCUUGUUUUGCCGUAUCCGCAGCCACUGAGGAUCAGCUGGCGCGUUUGUCACGACUCGAACACUUCGAUGUAUUGGCGAUUUUUGGAAGUAAAGAUCGUGGGGGAAGGGACAUAUCUACGAGGUUGGAGGAUUAUGUCGGAGCAAGAUCACUGGAGCUUGAUGGCGGACAUGCAUGUUACCUUGAUAGUCCACAUGAAUUCUCUACUGCAGUCUUGAAGUUCUUGGGUUGA